GCGCGCUGACGCUCCGGAGGGACGCUGGCGGAUAUGGCUGCUUCCCGUUUGCCGCCCGCGACGCUAACGCUAAAGCAGUUCAUGAGAAGGCAGCAAGUUCUCCUUCUCUACAGAAGGAUUUUGCAAGCAAUUCGGCAAGUUCCAAAUGAUUCUGAUCGCAAAUACCUGAAGGACUGGGCAAGGGAAGAAUUCAAAAGGAACAAAAGUGCCACCGAAGAGGACACUAUCCGGAUGAUGAUUACUCAAGGCAAUGUGCAGCUCAAGGAGUUAGAAAGAACACUUGCUUUAGCAAAACCUCAGCUAUAGCAUUUUGAAGGAUUUUAAAGUUUCCAUGCAUUUUGUUGACUUUGGGCUUAACAAUGGGCAGCCUGAGGCCAAGUCUUGCUGUUUGUAUGUAUAGUAUUUGGGCAAAAUAUCAGAAGAUGGAGCACGGUAUGACAUAGCAAAGCACAUCAGAACAAUUGCCUUAGAGCUGGAAAACACCCUGAGUUUUGAAGAUUUUUGAUACGACAGCAGUUUUUGAAAGAAACAUAAACCACUAUAACAAAUGGCCAGUUAGCACAUGAAAAGAUGCUCAACACAGUUAAUCAUCAGGGAAAUGAAAACCAAAACCACAAUGGGAUAUCACUUCACAUCCACUACAAUGGCUAUAAUUAAAAAAAUAACAAGUGUUGAAGAAAUUGGAAGUCUUGUACGUUGCUGGUGAGAACAUAAAAUGGUGCAGCCACUUUGGAAAACAGACUCAUUCCUCAAAAGGUUAGAGUUGCCAUAUGAUUUAGCAAUUCUACUAGGUCUAUAACCAUCAUUUGGCAAUAAAAAGAAAUAAAGGACUGACACAUGCUACACAUGGAUGAACUUUGAAAACACUGUUAAAGUAAAAGGAGCCAGUCACAAAAUAUCACAAAUUGUACGAUUCCAUUUAUAUGAUCCAGAAUAAGCAGAAAAAUUAGUGGCUGUAGGUGGAAUGAAGAAUAACUCCUAAUGGAUGUGCGGUUUCUUUUCAGGGUGAUGAGAAUGUCCCAUGGUUACAUUGUGGUGGUGGUUGCACAACUAUGAGUACACUCAAAUCCAUUGAACAUUCUCAGUGUAUGGUAUAUGAAUUAUAUCUAAAUAAAGCUGUUUGACAAAACUGUAAGAUGUAUGACUGAGGGUAUACUGACCCCAGGAGAUCCCCUGGAACUUUCUUGAAGAAUCCUUUUACACUAUCAGGGUUGUUGAGUUAUGUUUUUCACAUGUGUCAUGGUUUGAUAAAAGACUCUCCAAAAAGAUCAUUACAGGGAAGGUAGAUCUUCAUUGGGAAAAGAAAAGACAUAGCUACACAUUGAUGCACUUACCAAAAAGAAGAAGGAAGACUUUAAGCAACUUCUGGAUGAAACUUUCGUGAAUACCUUAACAUCCAUGUGGAAAGAAGUAAAAAAAAAAAAAAAAAAAUCCUUAAGGAAGAUCCUCAGUGCAUUCAGUUCUCCUCUAGUGACAGGAAAAAAUAAAGAGAACUUAAAUACAUGAGAGACAAAUACAUCACAACCAAAGCUGACUUCAAGACACUUUUGAAAGAAACCAAAUUUAUACCAUAAUUCAUUUAGCGAAGCUUAUGGAAGAUGCUGGGAUCAGCAAUCCCUCAAACUGAAGUUGUCUGUUCAGCAGCAGAACUAAAAAGCUAAUCUAAGAAUCUGACCAGCACGUGAAAGACAUAGACAAAACUUUGCAGAAUGAUAAAAUGGUAUCCAGUACUGGGCUGUGUGCCAGAAGAGAGGCAUAAACUAAUGGUGGCAUAUGCUGAUGACCUGGAUUGCCAGGGUCCACCCCCACCUCUCAGAGCCUACAGGACUAAUUCUGAGUACUCUUCCAUGAGGGUAGUGUACUUACUAAUUCAAAAUGCUUGCAUGAGCCAAUUUUCAGGUUUUUAUAUGUAUUAGUCAACUUAUAUUGCAAAAUGAUCUAUAAUAACAAGCAUUUCUUGAACAAAGACCACUCUGGAAAUAUUUUUGUGUGACAUAAUUGAUACAUUCUAAUAUAGGCUGUGUUUAGUAAAUCUGAAAUCUUAAAAAAA